CUUUUAACUCAUUUGUUACCGUCUAUUACUAGCCUUAAGAUGAAUUUAGUGUGCCCCAUCUGUUCUGAUAUAUUUGUACCAUCGGCCGAAGUAAAUAUUACACCAUGUGGCCACAUGUUCCAUCAUCUGUGCCUGCUUCAAUGGCUUGAAAGAUCUAAAACAUGUCCCCAGUGCCGAGAACGUUGCAUUGCAACAAGACUAAUCAAAGUGUACUUCAAUGUUACGGCCAAUCUCGAUACGACCGAGGACAGUGCGUCGUUGUUGGAAAAGCUGGACAAUCUUACGCUGAAAAUACGUGAACAGGAAAAGUUGCUAAAGGGGUGCGAAGCCAAUGCAGCGCAACAUAAAACCGAACAAAAAAAGAUGCGUAAAACAUUGCUGGGCUUGGAAGAGGAGAUUCGGAGCAAAAAUACGGCCAUGUUUGCGAUGAAGCACGAGCUGGACAUGAUGCGAGGACAUCUGAAAACGUUGGUAAAGGUACAGAAAGAGCUCGAGGACGCGCAAACGAAGCUGCAGUUGUACAUGGUGAUAAAGCAAGCGCUGGACGAUACCGCCCAAGAGGUGGAACAGAUGCUUACAAAUAAUAUGAGCCGUGAAGCGGCCAUUACACUAGCCGUUGCACUGAAACGUGAGCUGCAAGCCCAAGAGAUGAAGCGAAAAACGCAAUCGGAACGGAUAACGCAUCUUCAAAAUAACGAGAUAGAUCAGCGCAGAAAGAUUAAAGCGCUGGAAGAGAAACUGUCCGCGUCCGAUAGUGAAAUAUAUCAGCUUGAACAGCAACUGAAGCAACAGGCAAAAGAAUUAUGCAUCAAUACGUCGACCGAAAGCGUUGGUUCGCCGGGUGAAAUUGUACCGAACACACCGGAUCAACGGCCAAAGAUCGGCCGGAAGCGUCCAGUGCCAGACCUCAACAACAGUACGCCCCUGUCGGAGAAGGUGCGCAAAAUUAUAGACUCCAAUUCACCCUACCUUCGUGUUAAGACAAGCAGUAUUGGGCUUGCGCCACUCAUGCGCGGAGGUUUAAGCGCAAAUCCUGCCCCAUCCACAUCUAGUGCUAGUGCUGUCGAGAAACCAAAGCUGAACGGGGGUCUUAACAACAAAUAUUCCAUCUUUUCAAAGAAAAGAAUUGCUGAACCAACCUCCGGACUUGCCCCGGUAGUCAAGUCUUCCAGCGCCGUACAAGAUGAGAACAAACACGAAAGCAAGGCAGAGGAGGAAAGCACCAGUCUGGCUGGACCACGAUUCACACUGACUUCUUCUACCGUUACGGCAAGGCUGAAAGCGGGCAAACUUACUAGACAUCCUUCGUCGGUGAUGAGCCCGGAGAAAGGAGCAAAUUUGCUUAGUUUAGAUGAUCUAGAUUCUAUUUUUGAGUAGGCGCGUCUUUUAAUUGUAUUUAAAUAAACUAUUCGUUGUAAUUUUAGCGCUUUAGUUUUAUUUCUUCAC